AUGGUCGCAAACUCGUCCGUUUCUCUGGACACCACGCUCGACCCUUUACCUCCAGUCUUGCGGCACGGCUUGGUCGCCGUCGCAUUCUUCGGCAUCUUGUCACUCGUCUCCAGUGUCGCCCUCCUCACCUUCCUCACAUAUCGACUUUGUGUGUGGUACCAUCGGGGUCAACUAAGAGAUGGCGCCAAUCAAUUUCUGCUCCUCAUCUAUAAUCUAGUCUUGGCGGAUAUUCAGCAAGCGAUGGCGUUCGCUCUGACCUCAGUAUAUCUUUCGCAAGACAAGAUUGAGGUUGGGACUACGACCUGCUGGGCAAACGGCUGGUUUGUGUCGACUGGCGACUUGGCGUCCGGAGUCUUUAUCUUCGCCAUUGCAUUGCACACAUAUUUCGCCGUGGUGAGCGGACGCCGCGUCAGCAACAGGGUGUUCUACGGUGGAAUCGCCUGCUCGUGGACCUUCAUCUACUUGAUGGCCGUCAUUGGCGUUGGCUUGGAUCCCAAGCUCUACCAACGGGCUGGGGCAUGGUGCUGGAUCAACAAAAGGUUUGACAAGGAACGAUUGUGGCUCCACUACUUCUGGAUUUUCAUCUGCAUGUUCGGUACCGUGGUCACAUACAUCCUCAUAUUUCUCUCCAUCACAGCGAAGUCCCGGAUCCGCCCCCAGGUCAAUUUUCCGAAUCACGACGGAAGUGAUCCUGCCGCGAUGAAACGAGCGGCGAAGUAUAUGAUCAUCUAUCCCGUCGUCUACGUCGUCUGCACGCUGCCGCUCGCAGGUGGGAGGAUGGCGAGCAUGACGGGGAUGACCGUGCCGUACUGGUGGUUUUGCCUUGCCGGUGCUGCCAUCACCUCUUGUGGUUGGCUCGACGUCCUCCUCUACGCUGUGACACGACAUGUCCUCAUAUUCAGGCGGGGUCCGCCUCCGCCGCAAGACCUGGGCCUGGAUACUUUUGGCUGGAAGGAUGUCGGAGACAGCUUCUGGGGGAUGCGAACGACUAUCACCGGCCCAUUGGGGGAUCCAAACACCCGCAGACGGGAUAAGCGAGACUUUCUUGGGCGAAGGCCGCCGCGUCCGAUAUCGAGGCAAUCGGACGAAGCUCACUUUGCGGGCCAGCCAGAGGGCAUCAUCACAGCCAAAACCACGAUCGAAGUGCGAUCGGGCCCUAUAAUCAACUACGCUGAUUCAGACAUCAGUGCUAUAGAGAUGGAGGACAAGUCGGAUCGGACUCAUUCUCAUUCCCGGAAUGAGUGA